AUGGCUCGUAUUGAGGCUGAGCCGUCGGAUUUGUGGAGUGCCGAUGUUGUAGGACUGGAUUUGACGUUAUACGAACAUCAAAGACGAGGAUUGAGCUGGAUGAUGAAAAGAGAGAGUGCGGUAUUGUGGGAUACGCUGUUGCUCCACCCGUUCAGUGUUCCCGGCAGAGAUAGUGAUAGUGACGUGGAGUUGGAGACAGAGUUUAGUGAGACCGCUUACGACGCUUGCGGUGGGAUGCUCUGCGAUGAGCCUGGACUGGGUAAAACUAUCACGAUGCUGGCUCUGAUCCUCCUGACAAGAGGACAGUGGACAUCAAAUUUGCCCGCUCGAGUGGAUCCUCCGACGUCAAGUUCAGCGAGUGUGCAGCUCCGUUCGUCGUCUCGAGGUCGCUCUCUCAUAGCCGAAGACUUGGUGAGCUCACGUGCGACCCUCGUUGUGGCUCCAGACGCGCUGGUUGAACACUGGGCGGAGCAGAUUGACAUGCACGUGGCGCAUCAAGGGCUGAAAUUUUAUGUGGACAGAGCAGAAAAAAUACAAGAAGCGCUGCCAAGAAGUAAGAAAUUGGCAAAGUACGAUGUCGUAAUUGUGUCAUUCUCUCGGAUGGCCAAGGAGUGGAAGCUUCAUCGACCUGCAUCGGCAAUGGAAAGGCACAACAUCUCACGAUAUGGCUUUGAAGAUCAACCGGAUCGAUACGUUGAUGGAAGUCUCCGUGGCGACGUGUCUUCUCUACUCUUGGUGCACUGGUUGCGUAUCGUCGUGGAUGAAGGUCAUAAGCUCGGCGGUCGAGCCCCCACGCAGCUGAUGCAAAUGUCACGCCUGCUGUGUGCAGAGCGACGAUGGGUGAUGACAGGAACGCCGUCGCCAAACACUUUGCAGUCGGCAGACCUUCAGUAUAUCCAUGGGCUUCUGGUUUUCCUACGCAGUCAGCCGUACGGCCGACCUGAUGGACAUGCAUGGUCAAAGGCGAUCGCUCGUCCUUUCCAGAGGAACGAAGUAACGGGGUUCUAUCGCCUUCAGCAUCUCCUCAGUCGGAUAAUGAUCCGACAUACCAAGGAAUCCAUCCGUGACUUCCUCCCACGCCCGAUCCGUCACACGGUUGUCGUUGAUCCAAGUCCGAGCGAGUUCAAGCUGUAUAACGCCAUCGCGGAAAAUGUUCGGGCAGGUCUGGUCAUAACGACCAUCGAUUUACCGAAAAGCUCCUCUCACACACCGGGCGACGUCCACCCGGACAGUCUUUUGCAUCGCAAGAACCACCAAGGCGCAGGACACGUGGAAAGCGACCUUGCUAUUGCCUUCAUGGGUGGAUACGCUGUCGACUGGACCGUGAAGAAGGAUAAGAUGAAGAAAAGCUUAGACAAAUUGCGGGAUGCCGGAGUGAAUGAAGCUCGCAUGUCGGCUGUCUCAAAGUACUUGGAGAGUGUGCUCCACAAAGAGAAGACCAUUUGCAGAGAGUGUGGGCUCGAGCGGCGCUUCCUCAUGGUUCUACCGUGUGGACAUCUGUGCUGUGCGCACUGUGUCGAGGAUAUCAAGAAAGAACUCGGUGAACCUUGCUGUAACUUCUGUGGAGAUCCCUAUGACGAAGAUGACUUCGACUUCUUGCAGCCAACUCUCACCGGUGAAAUAUCGGCUCGAGGGCGAGACAAAACAAUCGCUAAACUGCGUGAAUCGGAAGUUCCUGAGUCGAGAAUCGCUACUGUGACUGGCUACAUGGACUCUCGGAGAGCAAAACCGGCCAUCGAGUGCAUAAGUUGUCAUCGACAAUUACACUUGCUGUUACUUCUUCCUUGUGGCCACAUGUGCUGUGCCAACUGCACGGAGAAUCGCUACCAAGAGGCAGGACCGAGCUGUUGCCUUUGCCAUCAGCCGUAUUCCCGCCAGGGGUUCAAGUCGCUGCAGCCUGGAAUUCACGCCGAGGCGCUGGACGACCACGACCAACGGAGAAAGAAAGUGUCAAUCAAAAAGAAGCGCAAGCGCGUUGGUCAGCCAACCAAGAAGACAGUUAGGCUGGUGAACGUCAAGCGAGACUUUUGGAAGAUUGAGUCAAGUAAAAUAUUCUACAUGGCGUCUAGAAUUCGAGAGUUGAUGAAGGAUAUCUGGCGAACUAAAGUCGCGUUCGAGCAACAGGACAUCCCCACUGCCGACUUCAUCGCGCUUAUCAAUCCUCGCAAGCGCAUUGAAAACUUGGAGGUGUUCCGCUCUAGCCCAAAUGUUCACGUACUUCUGUUGUCAAAUUUGGGCUCCCACGGCUUGGAUCUGUCUUUCGUUACGCAUAUUUUUCUACUGGAAGAAAUCUGGGAUAAGUCUGGACGGUGGAAUGCCAACUGA